AUGACCCUCUUAUGCAAUGGCAACAUAGCCGCUACCUGUUUCUGCUGUCUAUCGUUUUUCCCAAGUUCUUCUAACUGUUGCCCUUGGCCUUUGGUGGGACGACCGGCUGCGUAUGCUUGCGCUUCACCAUGUCAGCAUCCGUUUCUUUCGUUUCAUUGGCAUGCUGAUAAUAUUGUAAGAUCAUUUCCUCUCAGCCAUACUAACGAUGGGUUCCACAAUAUUCAUCAGUUCCCGAUAGACUACCGAAACGAAACUGCGAAAGGACUCUUGGUUAUGCCUCUCAAAGAACUGAAAAGGAUUCAAGACUCGUUGGCCUGGCCAAAAACACCCGACAACAUGUCAAUAGUCGCUUGGGCACAAUGCGAGCCUCGAGUCUACAGCACUUCUAACAUAAUUCAGUUCAGAGGGAAUCCAAUUUCCGAACACUGA